AUGUCCAGGGAGCAUUGUAGGGAGGAAGUCUUGAUUGCUGGAUGUUACUGUAGAUUUAUUCAACCAAUUAGAGAGUUGGAUUUCAUACAUACUGUCAACGAGCUAAGCUUUUCUGCCAAGAUUCUCGAGCUUCCAAAAACAGCUGGAGCUUGUAUCCCUGGAAGAGGGGCAGAAAAAGCUCCCGCAAUCAUGGUUCACUUGUCUCAAAUCCCCAGCGAGCAAAAUGUGACUGCUCCUCUCGUUGAGGGCCUCAAAAAACUUACAAUGGCUGCUUCGAGCGAGGAGGAUGCCUUCACUACUAGCGUCUAUGGUUCUAAAUUUGCCGCUCAGGAUCUUCCUCGACAUGAAAUGCCAGAGGGUGAAAUGCCAAAAGAGGUUGCGUAUCGUAUGAUUAAGGAUGAUUUAUCUCUUGAUGGAAACCCUAUGCUUAACUUGGCUUCUUUUGUUACUACGUAUAUGGAGAAAGAAGUAGAAGAUCUCAUGACAGAGAGUUUCAGCAAAAACUUUAUAGACUACGAAGAAUACCCUCAAAGUGCCGAUAUCCAAAACCGAUGUGUAUCCAUGAUUGGCCGUCUAUUCAACGCUCCUACAAAUGCAGAAGGUGAUGCCGCUGUGGGAACUUCGACCGUCGGUUCCUCCGAAGCUAUCAUGUUGGCAGUUUUGGCCAUGAAGAAACGUUGGAAGAAUGCUCGGAUUGCCGCCGGAAAAUCAACAAAUAAUCCUAAUAUUGUUAUGUCCUCUGCUGUUCAGGUCUGUUGGGAAAAGGCAGCGAGAUAUUUUGAGGUUGAGGAGAAAUAUGUUUACUGUACUCCGGAUAGAUAUGUUAUCGAUCCAGAGGAGACAGUUAAUUUGGUGGAUGAGAAUACUAUUGGUAUAUGUGUCAUCUUGGGAACUACUUAUACUGGAGAGUAUGAGGAUGCUAAAGCUGUCAAUGAUCUUUUGAUCAAGAAGAACAUUGAUACUGUCAUUCACAUCGAUGCUGCGUCUGGUGGAUUCGUGGCACCAUUCGUUUGUCCUGAAUUGGAGUGGGAUUUCAGAUUAGAAAAGGUUGUUUCUAUCAACACUAGUGGUCACAAGUAUGGAUUAGUCUAUCCAGGUGUUGGCUGGAUUGUCUGGAGAGCACCAGAAUACCUUCCAAAGGAGCUAGUCUUCAACAUCAAUUACCUUGGUGCUGAUCAAGCUUCCUUCACUCUUAACUUUUCCAAGGGUGCUUCGCAAGUUAUUGCUCAAUAUUAUCAACUCAUUCGUCUUGGUAAGAAAGGUUACCGUUCUAUCAUGAACAAUUUGACAAGAACCGCCGACUACCUCUCCGAUUCUCUUCAGCAACUCGGAUUCAUCAUCAUGUCUCAAAAGAACGGCAGAGGUCUCCCACUCGUUGCCUUCCGCAUCGACCCUGAAUCCGACAAACAUUACGAUGAAUUCGCAAUUGCUCAUCAACUUCGUCAACGUGGAUGGGUUGUUCCAGCAUAUACCAUGGCACCCAAGACCGAAAAUCUCAAGAUGUUACGUGUAGUUGUCCGUGAGGAUUUCAGCAAAUCUAGAUGCGAUCAGUUAUUGAAUGACAUUAAACUGUGCUGCAGUGUCUUGAAUGAGAUGGACAAGGAAACAAUUAAGAAGAAUCAAGAAUAUAUUAAGAUGCAUUCUACUCAUGUUGGAAAGAGCAAGCAUAAUCAUCCUCAUUACAAAAAUGAGAAGCACAGCUUGCAGGGGAAGACCGGAAAGACUCAUGCUAUUUGUUAA